UUAUUUUAUUCAUAAACAUAGCAUGACAAUUGCGACGACGACGACGACGAAAAACAUAAUGGCAACGGCAACGAGGACGACGACAACGACGACUCAUGGGCGCUGUUGAAUUUCAGUCGAUUGUUCUAUAUACUAAGCCGCAUCACGUGGUGGGGAAUGUUGACCUCCAACUUGCCUGGCCGUCAGCGCCCUUUUUAUCUUCCAGCCCUUGGGUGGUAUUCUUAGUGUGGGGUCAGAUUGUGAAAGAUGGCCAGCUUCGAAGAUGUUCCACUCAAUGGAACAAACGCAACUGGCAGCACAGCGUCUCUGCUGGACGACUUUUUCUUAUUCAUUACUCACUUAUCUACGGAUCCAGCCAAAGCGAUAGACGAGUUACCCCAUGUGGCAGGUGCACUACUCGGAACGCUGAUAAUGCCAACACUGCUUUGGAUAUUGGUGAAGAGUCUCAUGGGAGAGAAAAAGGUCAAUGCUCUGGCAAACUGGAGACCAAAGUCCCUUGUUGAGGAGGCAGAGGAGCUCACGGAAGCUGCCGUCGAUGCCCCGAUUGUUGAUGAGUUGUUUGACGUGGGAGUUAGUGGAAGGGCCAUAGCUGUAUCUGAAGAUGGUGUAUUGCGCGCAUUUGAAACACUCCCUUCUGGUCAAAAGAAGGCCACUGCCAUCCAGAUUGCUGCUGUCCUGGUCAAGGCAAUGGCACGUCCAAUGGAUGAGCAGCCGGUUCAUCGCCCCCGUAUUGCUGCCUUCCUGCAUAGCCGGCAAUGCUCUAAUGACGUUGUGGCCGAUGUCGCCAAGCGAAUGAAAAAGUUCGACGUAAAGGUUGGCGCUGCUGAGCAGCUAUCAUCCGAAAUUGCAGAAUAUGCAAAAAAGCGACAGGAGCAAACAGCAAAGCAGUCAGCUGCUCAGAAACCAGCAAACUUGGACGAAAAUGGGAAACCUGUCUUCAUCUCGGCGCCGGAACGCGGAUGUUUUGUGUGCAAGAAGGAGAUUGAAGGAAAGGCCAGUCAAUGCAGUGCUUGCAAAGCUAUAAUUUAUUGCGGCCCUGAGUGCGCGAAAAAGGAUUGGACAACGCACAAACAAGUAUGUCCCGUUUUCAAAGCGCACAUGUCCCGCAUCGAGAAGGAGAACCGCCAUGACUUCCCGUUUGAUUAUUACAACGACAAAAAACAACUUCAUGCCUACAACCAGGUCAAUUUCCUCAUCCACAAUGAUGUUCACAACGUAGGGGUUUUCCGGCGGUUAUGCCACUGCUAUAGUCACGUCCCAUACGGCGAACUAGCGGCGCAGCAGCUUGCACAGCUGCAAGUAGCAAAUGUUCAGGAUCCGCUGGAGCGUUUCAAGUUAUUUGGAUUGUCCAUGCAACUCUAUCCAUUAUCGGCUCCUUAUCCUGAAGGGACGAAUCUACGAGAUAUUGACUCGUGGAGAAAGUUCUAUGAGCUUCGUAAUAUUCCCUUGUCCGAUCCUGCUGCUUUGGUCCUGGAAGUGCCGAUGACCCUGUGGCAUUUGAUUAACAAGUACGCUCUGGACAACAUUGCGGAAGUCGAGGGCCGGCGUCAAAUAACUAUUCAUCUUCUGGGAGCUGAAAAAGAAGCCGAUCUCACUGCUCUCUUUGAAGUCCUUCUAUCUCUUCUGCCCAAAACCGACAUUGCUGUCCACAUGAUCUCACCAGCCAUUUCCCCCCGCCUUCCAGGACCCCAUGCCACUCUCGGCAUCCGCAAUGAAACGAUGGGCAGCACAAUCCUCAUAACCCUUCGACCAGGCAUGUACUCUCCAGAGCAGUAUAGCGGUGAGGCAUACAAAGCCGAAGGUUUACCAUUCGGAACCGGCAAGCCUGAUUUGGUGGUGAUAAUGAACUCUGGUCUCCUGGCUUCACCAACGUGGGGGCCGGCACUGAAACUUUUGAUUGAGAACGGGCAGAAGACUUUGAUGACGGAGGAGAUGGAGCAUACCGCAGAACUCAUCGGCAAGCAACUCGCGCAGAUCGGAUGUCCAUUGACUGUAGAACCGGUUCUGAAUCCGUUUAGGCAGCCUGUCUUCUUGUGGAAGAAAGACAUAAACCUUCCGGGAUGGUCGAAUGGUUUUAUUUUUGGUUUCAAUUAAGUUUGUAUUUGUGGCGUAUCUGUAACGGCUGUAGGAUCUUGGACGGUUGGUCGCCUCUGGGAUGUGUUUAACGUUCGUAAUGUGCAUCAUGCACAUGUACUUCCCGUAAAGUGGCCUUAGGCUUUUGAAAUGAAGACGUUUUUAUGGCGUCAUGUGGACCCUUUACUUUUCACCCCAGGGCUAUGUAAAGAGGGACAAGCGUUCAAAGCUUGAUGCUACGUAAUGCCUUGUCGGAAGUAGUCCAUAAUAUGCAGCAAACCAAUCCUUCUUUAGAAGCGCUGCUUCC